GGUACGAGCCGAGCUUGUUCAGCAACUUACCUGCGAGGGGCACGGAGCAGAAACAGCGGCAGACAGAGGAGUGACAGCCCCAGGAGGAAGGGGCAGGGGAGCUAGAAAGGAGCGGGGGGCCUUCUCUGCCUCCCGGGUCAGAUUGUGGGGGUUCUGAGCUAAGAAGAAACUACUUCGUCUGCAUCUGGUGCUCCCUUUCCUUUCAGCUGCAGUGGCAGGCCAAAUGGAAGACUUACUGUUGUGCCUCAACAUCUGGGCCUUUUGCAAGUUAGAUUUGGAAGUGGCUGCUGCUCACAAGAGGCCGCGUUGUCUGCCAAAUAGCUUGCUGAAGACUGCCAAGAUUAUUUGUAGAAGGAAUCUGUUGCGUAACUUUGUACUUCAGACAAGGAAACAGCAGAAAGAACAGAAGAGUGCUUAAAUAACAGAACAUAAUUUUGUUUUGUGGCUCAAACUUUACAGAUUUCACAACAGAAAAGCAUAUUCAACUAUGUAAAUACUAAUAUCAAUAUCUGAGAUUAAAUUUCAGUAACAAGUAUGGCUCAGGUACCUCUGUACUCUGUAGAGUAUGGACUGCAACUCCUAGCAAGCUUGACUAUGCUGGUGUGGAAUGAUAGGAGCUGAACUAUAAAACAUCUGGAAGGUACCAGCUUAGAGAAAUCUGCUAUGCAUUUGAGCUGGUUCAGUGAAAAUAAAAUAGAGAAUAGAGAAUAAAAUGGUAUACGUUCUGUAUAUUUUUUUUAAGUCCUGCGACACUCUGGACAAGGAUGAGAUUCUGACAAAUUAAGAUGCUGAACAUGUAGAAAGGGACAACAUUCCAACUCAGUCAGCAUAUUUCCUGUGAUAUUUCAUUUAGGAGUGCAUUUAUAUACAUCACUGUAAUUGAAAUCAACUGGACUCUGUACAGUUCUCAGUGUCUUUUUUCAAUUUGAUAUUGAACUUUUCCCUGUAUACAACUGCAAAACUAGUGAGGAUGAAGAAACACAUCAAAUCAACAUUCCGGAACACAUUAUUAUUCUUUCAAACUUGGCAAGAAAAUUAACCAUGAAGAACAUGCACUUCUUCAAAUUAAAUACAUGGAAUUUUGGACCAGAGAGCUGCACAGUUACCAUUUACAGUUGGUACAGAUUUCCACGGAUUUCAUACAGAAUACGGAAGUGGCUUCCCUAGCAGACACCAUGAUGGGCCGAAGUAUACCAGUUGAAGUUGAUGAAAGUGGAGACUGGUCGCCAUUUCCAGAACAUUCACUGGAAAGGGCUGUGGAUCCUUCUGGUGAAAAUAUAGAGAACCUAGUCCCCAUAGGACCUUACACAUCUCAAACAACUUCUCACACAAUGGCUGGACAAUCAUGUUUUUACCAUCAUCGUAAUCACAAUAAUGCUGUCUUUGAACUGUAUGAAGACAAUGAUCCACAAAAACACCCAGAUUCUACAAGAGAAAGACAUUCUCUCCCAUCUAAUGGAUCAACAUCCUCAUCAGAACUUCAUGUUUCAUCUGUAAAGAAAACAAACCAUCUGUUGAGGCCUCAACCAACAGCUGCUUCUCCUGGCAUGGGAUGCGGUUCCAGCAGUGUGAACAAGGAUUUAUCUGACUUUUCCCAAUAUUAUCUUGGUGAAAGGCAGGAAAAUGCAAAACCAAACCAGCCCCAGGACAGCAGAACACCACUGGAAGUACAAACAAAUGAUAUUGGAUAUGAUUCUCAGUCUCUGGAUAUUAUGUGUGUCAGACAGCUAGAACCUCCAUUGCCCCUUACAUCUGUCUUUAACCUGCAGGACCUUCCAAGGCCCUUGAUGUCCAGGGAAUUUCCACAGAUCGACCCACGACAAUAUCCUGGUUGUUCACAAAUACCCCACCCAAAUGCUUCCCCACAAGCCCAGUGGCAUCCUAGGUACUACAUUCCUGAAGAGAGGUGCUACCAGAAUCCAUAUGGGCAAGCACCAUACCAACAGUUUGCACAUUCGCCUCAGCUACAGCUUCCUGUUCCUAGUCCUGGUGUGAGACUCUUACAUUCUGCUCGGCAAGUAAUCCCAAAUUAUUCUCCCAAAUAUAACGAAGAAAGGCUUCACCCAAGAGAACCCUUUUCUGCAGAAUUUCAGAGAUUCUAUGGGCAGUUUCAAAAUCGGCUACUUGACAGAGAAGUCUCAUCGGAGGUCUACAGUGCCAAUGAGAGCAUGUCCGGGGAUCCUCCUGAUUCCAGGGCUCCAGCUGACAGUCCAGUGGGAGCAGCUGCCAUUCCAAGACCUCUGAGUAAUUCUGCACUCAGAGGAACGCUGAAGACAAGCAAUCUGCCAGAAGAACUGCGUAAGGUCUUUAUAACCUAUUCUGUGGAUGCAGCUGUGGAGGUCAUGAAAUUUGUGAAGUUCUUGUUCGUGAAUGGAUUUCAGACUGCUAUUGAUAUAUUUGAGGAUACAGUUCGAGGUAUUGACAUCAUCAAGUGGAUGGAACGUUACCUAAGUGAUAAGACAGUGAUGAUAAUCAUAGCAAUCAGUCCAAAAUACAAACAGGAUGUUGAAGGGGCUGAAUCCCAGCUGGACAAGGAUGAACAUGGCUUACAUACUAAGUACAUCCACAGGAUGAUGCAGAUUGAGUUUAUACAGCAAGGAAGCAUGAAUUUCAGAUUCAUUCCUGUACUUUUUCCAAAUGCAAAAAAGGAACACGUACCUACCUGGCUUCAGAACACUCACAUCUACAAUUGGCCCCGUAAUAAAAAGAACAUACUGUUGCGGUUGCUGAGAGAAGAGGAAUACGUUGCUCCUCCAAUAGGACCUUUGCCCACUCUGCAGGUUGUGCCAUUAUGAACGUAUAUUAAAGUGCACACGAAGCAAUUGUUCUAUGCCUCUGUUGGCAGUCUGCCAGGAUUUUCCUGGCUUCCUCUUCUGGGUGAUGAAAAGCAUGUGCACUCUUUUUUCCUCCCCUCCCCCUGCUAAUAGAAUUGUCUUGGGAUAAUGCAAGCCCAUGUGUUUUCUUUUAUCCCGAAUGUUUCCUCUGCAACUGAGCAGGCACACUGCUUCUCACUCAAUGUUUAAACAAACUGCAAAUGGAAAGAAUGUCCCAUCAUUUUCAUGUGUUUCAAGCAACUUGCUUUCUAAGGCUGCGGCAGAGCAAGUAAAUACUGUAAAUGAUGCUGAAAUAAGCAAAACAAUUACAUCCCUAUGUUUGCUCAGGGUUCCUUUUGUUGUCAGCCAGAUGUUAUUGCAUUGUAUAAUGGUCUCCCACAGUCAUUUCAUGUACACAAUAAAUGAGUUGUCUUUCAUGUGGACUGUCAUCUUUAUCACUGUACAGCAAAUUAUGAGGGUUUAAUACUUUCAUUUUGGUUAAACACAAACUUGAACCCCAAGGUUACUAUUUGCUUUGGAUAUGGCACAGUGUUCAGCUUUUUUAAACUUAAGAAUUUUACUGCUGCUGCAACCAUGGCAUAUAAUUAUGUUAGCUUUGGGCAGCAUCAGCACAAGUCCAUUCUCUCUGCCCACCCCGCCACUCUUUCUGAAUUUCCUACUGCCUCCUCCCUCUUAGGAUAGAGUUACAAGUCACACUUGACAGAUGGCUCCUUCUUUCAUGUAACAUGUAGGAUCUCUUAUCCAGUGACAUAUCAUCACUGUGUCAUGCAUUUCUCCACUACCAUGGCCCACGUUGUAUAAAUCAGAGGAUUCUGCAUCAGCUGGUGACAAAGAGUAGAUGGCAGGAACUAGGAUGGGCACCUUUAUCAUCAACCUGUGCCGGGCCUGUGUGCCAUUUAGCAGCUGUUUGUCUGGUGGGUGCUGCUCUAGCUGUCCUUCCCUUGUUAUUGCCCUGCUGGCUCUUAUAUUCAUCUGUCACUCUGCAGCUUUGGCCUGCAACAAUAAUCCUCCACCUCAACAGUGUCUAGUGCAGUCACUGUGAAACAUGUGAUAAUUCCCUCCUGUUAAAUGGGAGAAAUAUUCUCACUAUGAUUAGUAUUAAUCUGUUAUUUUUAAACUGGUCAGUAAUUGAACCAGACAAGGGGUAUGCAUAUUUUAGUCCCAUUUAUUUCAAUGGGAGAGGUCAGCACAUGCUUUAAAAUGGUUUAUGAUUUUAAAAGUAUAUACCAUAUUUCCUUUAUACUACAAAUUGUUUAUUCUGUUCUGCACCAGGCUCACUGUUUUCAUAUUUUGAGAAUGAAUCUAGACCUUCCUAUAGCAAGUAUGACUAUAGUUUUAGCUCACAGCAGAGAGAUGAAAUGGUAGACAUGGGGACUAUUCAAGCAUUGAGGCAUGAGACAACACUGUAGCGUGCAUUCCCACUGCCCAAGAGCCCUAUCAGAGACAGUCACUUCCUCUGCACUACACUAGCUCCAAACGAAAAGACUUUUGUGUAAAAAUGCUCUAUGGAAACAGAUUGUGACUAUGCUGUCAUAAAUGCAAUAACUGGCCUUUUCCAGCUGGGUAGGAAGUUAACAUUUUUUAUUUCUUAUCAAUAGAAAAAAAAGCUGCAGGGGAAAGGAGCAGGACUGGGGCUACAGCAUACAGGAAAGGAUGGGUUGCCAGUCCCCUCCCACCAGUCUGCUCCUACUGAAAAUUGGGCCCCCAAAAGGUGCUAUUAGUUCCUAGGUGAAAGCUGUCAUCUGAGACAAAAACUGCUUCUCUAUUUUUAGGCUCUGGUGCCAUUUUAAAAAAACCCAAGUAUUAGGACUAUAUGCACAGCAAGAUAAACGUGAGAGCUUUACUCAAAAGAGCAGUUUAAUUGAAAAAGGUCUCUUGUUAAAGGUCUAGUGUUGCUUAUCUUGAAUUAGCAGGGCUGAGGCUAAAACAGAGAUCAGGAAUGACUGCUAGUAACCACUGCAAAGUUCAAACAGAGAAAUAGUUUGUAGCUGUGUAAUACACAAACAAGACACUGUUGAAGGGGAAAGAUAAUUACUAUAAUUUAUCACAUGUCUACAUUAAUGAAAGUUGGGCGAAUACCUGGGUUUUAAAAGAAACGAAGCUCUAUACUGUUGUCCAACAAGUUUACCAUAGCAACAGGCAGAAACUAGCCUCUUUUAAUCAAUCUAUCAUUAAAAGGACAAAGUAGGUUUGACUUACAACUGAAAGUAAACAUUAAUGUGCUCAGAUAAAACAGUUGAGCAAAGUUUACUGAAGCAGCUGCAUUUGUGCUAUUGUUUCUGCUGCUCUGAUCACCAGGCAGAGACUAUUGAAAGAUUAUUCUUUUGCUAUAAGCAAGCAUGCAAAUAACAAGUUGCCUUGGGUUCUAUUGUUUUGAAAUUAUUAAAAGGCACAGAGCACAAUAACAAAAUACUUUGUAUGUAUAGAUUGCAUCACUGGCAGUUGGGGAGUGCAGUAUUUAAUCAGUUAAGGGGAACAGUCACCCAGUUUUUUCAAGUCACACCGGAUUAGGCUUUAGGAUAGUUCAUCUAGAGUAGACACACUGAUGGUGGAUCCUGCCCCACCAGCUGCUUUUGCAAAGAUCCCUUGAUCAGAAAAGUAGAAAAGCAAAAGCAAACCUUUGUUAAUCCCUUAGCAUGCCUGUGUUACUUUCUAUGCACAGUGCUCAAAGUGCUUUUGAAUUGCAGUGAAGCCACACUGGUUAUGUAAGGCAUUUGUACAGCCAAAGAAUGGACAACUAAGAUUAGCUGCAGUUUAGAGCUGAAAAAACAAGGCAUGUACUCUUUACUGUGGCUCAUGUUUUGCAUGUGAAGAUUCUAAGUUCACUCCCUGCCAUCUCCAGAUCAGGCUGGGAAAGGCUCCUCUCUGAAAUUCUGGAAAGCCACUACCACUAAAUGUAGACAAUGCUAAUCUAGAUGGACAACUUCUAAUUUUCUUAAAUUGUCUAAAUAUGUUUAUAAAAGUAACUUUUGCUAAAAGCGCACAACAAAACUGUGUUUAAACAAGAUCAACAAUCUGGCUUGUUAUGUUGCUCCUUUGCCUCCACCGUAAUUGUCAUCAUGAUAAUUAGCAUCUGAACUUGAUGUUUUCCAUUAUGCUGUGAUCACAGCUGAGUUUUAUCCUUACAACUGUGCCUAAACACAGCUGUUGCCAUAAUGUCUUCAUCAUUCCAGUCUUUCUAUUCCAGAGAGAAUAGCUGAUCUACUUGUUUGGAACUUCACCAUCAUCACCAUGAUCAUUUCAACCAAGCCAUGGUUACUAACCCCACUUAUUUCCAAUUCAGUCCUCUAAGUAUGAUCUUAUAAGCUUAAUUUUCACCUUAUGUAGCCCAAAUGGCAACACCCAUUCACAAGAAAGAACUAGCAGCAAACUUGGCAUAAUCCUGAGGUCACCUUAAAAAUAUUUAGCCAAAAUUCCAAGUACUCAAAACAGCUCAAUGACCAAUAAUGCCUGAGAAAACUGGAUGUGAGGGGACUAAAGGAAUGACUAGAAAGGACAACUGAAGAAGCAGCACAUAUAACCUGUGCAGAGCCGCCCAGAGAGCCUUUGGCUUUUGGGCAGCACACAAAUGCAAUAAACAAACACAAAACUGACAGAUUUUGAUUCAGCCAUACCUUAUGGUAGCUAAAUGGUUACAGAUCCUUUGCAGACAUAAAAUUUCAUACCAUUUUCACUCCCAAUUUUGACUAAAAAUUAUAAUUACUACUGUAGUACACAUCAGUAUUUUUUUAAUGAGAGGAAAUCAAUAAAGUCUCCCUUUCUAAAUGGGACCUGAAACGGACUAAGGCAAUUAACAGAACCUGUUCAAGAGGCAACUAAUAAGCAGUUCAUCAAGUAAAGAUCAAUAAAAAGCAAUAAACCCUGGCUUGCUUUACUGAGACAUAGAUGAGUAGUCUCUCCUAGCUGUGACCUUCCAGAAACUUAGUGAGUUGCCAACAGAGGCUUGAGUACUGGAGAGGGCAGAUGCUGUAAUCUAUAUGAAUUCAUUCUCCCACCCCACACACACUCUUUUAGACAUUCCAGAUUUCUGAAUACUACAAUCAAUAGUCCAGUGUUGCUCUAAUUUGUAUUUUCUGCUGCUGUAUUGUAUACUGCUUUUGUUAUAUGGCUUAUUUUGUAUUUAUUUAUUGUAAGCUGCCCAGAGUACUUUGUUACAGUACAACAUAUAAAUGGUGCCAAUAAAAAGGGAAGACAAAUCUACCAAGAUUUGCUUAA